AUGAACUCCAUCGACCCUCAGUCCCAGCACCAGCACCAUCACAAUCACCAGCAGCAGCAACACACCUCCCCUACCGUCGGCUCUCUCCCACCCAAAGGCGCCCAGGAGGCCCCGGACAUGGCCGCCGUCUACUGCGACAACCUGAGCAGCAUGUACCACCAGCAGAGCCUGCAGGGCGCACAGAGACCCGCCGGCUACGGCCUCGGAGAUUACGCGUCGUCUCCGAACCCGUACCUGUGGCUCAACGGGCCGGGCGUCAACUCGUCCGCGUCUUACCUGCACGGCAACAACCCGGCGUCGUUCAUCCCGCCCUCCUACGGCUCGCAGCGGCAGUUCCUCACCAACUCACCUGGCUUCGGCGGGCCCGACCUGGGCUGGCUGUCCAUCGCCAGCCAGGAGGAGCUGCUGAAGCUGGUGCGGCCGCCCUACUCCUACUCGGCGCUCAUAGCCAUGGCCAUCCAGAACGCGCACGAGAAGAAGCUGACCCUGAGCCAGAUCUAUCAGUACGUCGCCGACAACUUCCCGUUUUAUAAGAAGAGCAAGGCCGGCUGGCAGAACUCGAUCCGGCACAACCUGUCUCUGAACGACUGCUUCAAGAAAGUGCCGAGGGACGAGGACGACCCAGGAAAAGGAAACUACUGGACGUUGGACCCAAACUGCGAGAAGAUGUUUGACAACGGAAACUUCCGCCGGAAAAGGAAAAGACGUUCAGAUCCGAGCAGCGGCGGGGCGCCGGCGGCGGCGGCGGCGGCGGCGGCGGCGGCAGCCACCAAAGUGGAGGACGGCCGGCCCGCGGCGGGGGCCCCGCUGAAGCCUUCAGACAGCCCUCCGCUGCUGGGGCCGCCCUCGCCGGAGAUGGACACCAUGAGCGAGGGCCACAAGGGUUCGCCGUCGUCGUCUUCGCCGCCCGGACUGGCCUCAGCCGCUCCUUGUUUUAAUAACUUUUACAGCAGCAUGUCGACGCUCAGCUCGGGGGCCCCCGGCCGCCAGGGGUCCCUGGGACUGGUCAACGAGCUGUCCAAUAGGAACAUAACGGCCCUGAGCCCGUACCACCUGAACCACGGCGGGCAGGACACGGGCCCGUCGGAGCACGCCGACGGCUUGCAUUUCAACCGGGGAGUGUACUACAACACGUUUGGCGGCGGGCAGAGCGGACAGUUCAACAGUCACUUCUACAACAGCUUCAGUGUCAACAGCCUGAUCUAUCCCAGAGAAGGGACCGAGCUAUAGGAGGCCAUUCAGACACCACUCCCCACUGGUUUUAAGGGACUGGCUGCUCAGUGAAUCCUGCUCUGAAACACACACACACACACACACACACACACAUGCUGUAAACGCCCAUGCGUUUCAGCAGAGAGGUCAGAGUGCAUGCUGGGUAGAGGCUUCAUGAACCCAGCACUCGCUUCCACUCAUCGGUUCACAGAGAGAUUAGAGAACUAGAGUAUUUUAGGUGAACUUGAUUUAACUUGACAUGCACUCAAGACGGUGGAAACGCCAGCCGGA